GAAAACGUUGAAUUUGUUUUCUAUUUUAAAGUUGGUUUGGGAAUUUAUUGAUUUUUUCCUUAGUGUUUGCCGACAACUCAAUUUUGCCAAAAUUAUUAAUCUUCAUACCAAGAUAUUCAAUUUCCCUUUGAAGAAGUUUCGAUUUCUUCUUAGAAAUAAUUAGACCUCUUUCUUUUAUUCUCUGUAAAACUAUCAAGAUUUUUUCAAGAUGAUCUUCCUCUGAUUGAUUAGUGAAAAUAAUAAUAUCGUCAAUGUAUGCUAGACAGAACGAUUGAAAACCUUCUAAGACAUAAUCCAUAAAUCGUUGGUAGAUAGCUGGUGCUUGUUUCAUUCCAAAUGGAAGAACAUUCCAUUCGUAAUGUUUUUGUGGUGGUGAUGACUCGAUAUUUGCACAUGUUUUCCCCUUUGUUUCUUGAUCGUUUGAGCUUUAAUUAUCGCGUCUUUGGCCUAUUUUACGCUAGGUUUUGUUCCUUUGUCACAUUUCAGGUCCUAGCACAUAAAGUGAAGUAUAGGCGCAAGUUUCAAGUCAAUCAGAGAUCAAUUGGCGAUUAGGGAGAAGAAACUCGGGCAUGACCUGAAGAAGAAUGAAUUUAUACCUCACUUUAUGGAAAAAAAAUCAUGCAAUCUUGUCAUGAAAAGAAAGAGGACGAGACUACGAGCGUCUCGGAUCAAACGGCGACUGAUUCGGAGUCCGGACGAGGGAGAAACGAAGCACUGAAUAUAGGGGAACAGGUUCGGCAGUAAAAACACGGGCGGACCUAAAGAAAAACACGGUCGUGUCCAUAUUUAGGCACGACCGUGUUUUGGCCGACGAGGGCUGCUGGGGGCAAAACACGGGCGGGCAAAAGUAAAACACGGCCGUGUCCUAGACCGUGUUUUGCCCAAAAUCGGGUUUUUUAGGCAGAUUGAAGCCAAAGGAAAGGGGGAGCUGGGUUUUGGAUCCCAAACACCCAAGGGACGAACCAAAGAGAGAGAGGGCGAUUUGAGGGCAUUCUUGGAGUGGAAUUGGAGGAUUUAUUCUCCUUGGAAGCUCGAGGAACAAGGCCGGACUUGAAGACUGAUCAUCUGAAGAUUCUUACUGCAGUCUCUCUAUCCUAUAUGGAGUAACUUCCCUUCACUUAGGUUUUGAGGAACCCUAGCUAUGUUUGUUUGAUUGGAUGAUUGUAUGAGUACUCUGACUUGAUAAUCUUGAGUUCAUAUUCAAUCUAUGCAUGUUUUCAUAAUUCAAUUCUGCUGUAGUCGAGAUUAUUGAUUCUGCUUUGAUCCUAUGAGAGCGAAUACCUGAUUAGGUCAAUAGAGCACCAUAGAUUGAUAGUAGUGGAUCGAUUGCUUUAGUCGAGGGUUGAUUCACUGCUUUGUAUCGAUCGAGAACCUCAUUCGAUAGAGGGAAUCUAGUUCAGAACGCCUUGAUCGGUUGUUCUAGAGAAGGAUACAUCCCUCUAGGCAAUUGACUCAAGAGGGCCUUGUUCCUUUAGUCGAGACUCAAGGUCUAGUCAAGGAUUCUCCGCAUUGUGAAUGAAAGUGAAACAGGUUAGAGUAGGGAUGGUAACAAAACCCGAACCCAAGGAUACCCACCCGACCCAACCCGGUCAACGCGGGUAAAAUCCGUGUUGACGGGUUUUGGGCCGGGUUUGGGUUUAAACCCGUUCACUAUUCAUCGGGUUGGGUUGGGUUUGGAUUUAGGUAAACCCGACCCAUGGGUACCCGCCCACACCCAUAUAAUUAAUUUUUUUGGUAUAUUUAAUAUUCUAAACAACUAAUCUUAUUUAUGUUUGUGGAGACAUGUCUAAUUUUUUUUUUUUAAUUGUGUAGAAUGAAGUUGAUGUUUCGAGUGGAGAGUGAAGAAACUUAAUUGAAAGGAAGAAUUUUUCAAUUAAUCAUGUUAUUUAUGGAUAAUUUGUGAUUUGCUUCAAUUUUCUUGAGUUUUCUAGAUUGGUGUUGAACAAUUUGUAUAGUUAAUUUGUGAUUUGCUUGAAUUUUCUAGAAUGGUGUUUUAUAUAUGGAUGAUUUGUAUUGAGAGAUUAAUAUUUAACUUUAAUUUUGAUAGGAACUUGUUAUUGUAAUUUUUUACGACAAAAACACGUGGGUACCCAUGAACCCGCGGAUGCCCAGCGGGUUGGGUUGGGUUUGAGUUUUUGAAACCCAGUGGGUUUUACCCCGGGUUUUUUUCACGGAUAAACCCAUGGGUUUGGGUUUGGCAAAACCCGGCCCAACCCGACCCAUUGCCAUCCCUAGGUUAGAGAUCAUCAAUCAUUAAUCUGGCUAGUGGCUAGGGGGAAUCAUACCUAAGUGAGUUCCCAACCUGUAAUUAGAUUAACUUUAACUGUAGUUUGUUAGAGUAGUUUUAGUUCUCCCAUCUUAAUCUGGUUUGGUAGAUAAUGAACUGAAGAUGAGUAAUAGUAACUCUAGAUACCCGUGGAUUCGAUAUUUAUUACUUGAGCCACUAUACUGCAGUCCCUUUCAUUGGUUACACUUGGCCUUUGUUAGGAGUUGUGUCAUAGCGAGUCAAGUUUUUGGCGCCGUUGCCGAGGACUUUCUAGAUUAUUAGGAAAGGCAGAAGUUUGUUACUUUAGCGUUUUUCUUUUCUUUUCCACCCUUGCUUUUCACUUGGGUGUUUUUUUUUUGUUUUUGUUUCUGUUGGUGCAGAUUUGAAUCAUGGAUCCUCAUGGCUUCUCCAACCAUUGGGGGUAUCCACCACCAUCCGAGUGGUAUUACCCCGAGACUCCCUGGAGCAAUCAAGGAGGAGAAGACUAUGGAUUCGGGUUCUAGUACCAACCCCCUUACUACGGAGAACAACCGGACCCCUGGGCAUAUCAAGAACAACCUCUUUAUCGAGAAGAAUUUCUCCCACAACUAGAAGGGCCUUUGGAGCUGGAGUUACCCAUGGCGACCUUCACGGGCCAUUCUGCAGAGCCAUGCUACACUGCAUAGCCAGAUCCAAACUAUGAGUUGAGGCUUCUCGUGGAGCAGUUUGCUCGGGACAGCGAGAGACGCAAUCGCAAGAUGGACCUCCUUUUCUCAUCUUUUGCUCCUCCUAACUCUUCAUCCCUCCGUGAAUCGGAGGAGACUAUUUCGCACUCAUCAAAGCAACCAGAGCGGGUUGAUAAAGUUUGUGCACAACUUGCUCAAGAUCACCCAUCUGCUACCAUACUAGAAGAGGAGGAGGAAGAAGAAGGCUACAAGGACAUUGUGGAGCAAACAGAAGUCAUCACAGAGAGCUCCCGUGAAGAUCAUGAUCAAGAAUUUCCUGUUGUAGCCGACCACACCUUCCCACAUCCCAAACUGAGCUUUGAAGAGGCGGGCAUGAGUGAGGAGAUGCAAGAAGAUCUCAUGAAAGAAAUUGCUUGGCAACUUGCUCUCCAAUCCGUGCUAGAAGAAGAAGAGCAAGAAAGGGUGCAGAAAGAAGUUGUGGAGGAUGACGAAAGUGAAACAGGAGGAGUUCUUGAUCAUUUCCCAGGGGUGAUACCACAUGAAGAAGAAAGGGAGGUUGAAGAAGCAAUUGGCGUCUAUGCUGAGGACGGAGUUAAGGUGGAAGAGGCCUGCAUCGGCCAUGAGUUACAUGUGAUAUCUCCACCAAAAUUCGAGGAGCUGCUUGGCAAGGACCCAUUUGCAGUGUCUCUUUGCCAGACCAAGGCCACGUCGACAUCGGUCCCUCUUGGUGGACGCAAUGGUGAUAAAUCGAUGUUGUCAUAUCUAGUUUGGGGCAAUAAGACGAGAGAAGAGAAGAAGAGGUCUAGAGGGUGGAGACGUUAUCUGCAUCAAGUGCACGAGCUUCCAUCACCUGUCAUACCACAUGUUCGUGACUUGAGACUCCACCUCAUCGACGAGAACCUCAACUUCAAGGAGGUUUUGGGGUGGACCGAAACUUAGGAGCCAUCAUCCGGCUCACGACGUGAAAGAAGCGCUUGUUGGGAGGCAACCCAACCAGUUGGUUUGCAUUUCUCUCUCUUUUUCUCCUCGAUUGAGUCAGUUUUGUUAUUUGAUUUUAGAGUCAAUAACUCAACUUUUGUGAGAUUUUGUGUGGUGUUUGUGUUCCGACUACUCUCUCCUCCUGGAAUGCACCGCCUGCCUCGUCCACCAUCAUUCACCCUUGAUCUGGUAACUUCGUUCUACCCUCCUUAUCUUUCCUCCAUUGAGGACAAUGUCGUGCUUAAGUGUGGGGGGAUGUUCGAUUAUGUAUGCGGGUGAAUGUUUGGCUGUUUGUGUGCUUGGAGCCUAGUCCACUGUCCAAAUUUUUAAAUUUGAGGGCUCCAAGUAUGUGCUUCCUUGCAAAUUGUCUGCUCAGUAUGCUUUGAAUUGACAGUCUCUAUAGUAAUGUGCAACCUAGGGAGGUAGUGUAGCACUAUGGAGGAUGUUGAAGUAUAAGAUUUUUCCUAUCUAGCUCUCUGUUGUGCCAGUUGAUUUUGUGAAUUAGUGGAGUUAAGACCGUUGAAUUCAUGUGGUAUUGGUGACUCUAUUUGGAUUGUGUUAUGGACUCGUGUAUCGAACAUGGUGCUCUUGUGAAAAAUGAAAUGCAGUUGGUCCUCCAUGUCGAAAUCAUCGAAAUCUUAAACAUGAGGUAAGCCCAACGUGUGUGGCACCGUUCAUUGCACAAAAUCAGGUUUUGGAGGAGAUUUUAGUGAUCCUUAGGGGGGUACUCCUACAAGGUGAAGCUAAGUUGUCUCUAGUGCAAGUAAAACUUCCACCCGUUGAACGGUUUGCCUACUUGAGGAUGUGUUUUUAAGGGCACGGAUAGAGCUUCCGACCCCCCUUAAUUUCAUUGACCCUCCAACGAGUUGAGGGAAAAGAGUUAAAAGAAGUACUCUGGCGAGCGCCAGAUGUACAAAAUUGCUCUUGCUCGACUAAUAAGGGUCGACCGUGCAAAAGACUACAGUUGGAACCCCGCCAAGUGAAUGAAAAGGAAAAAAAAAGUAAAAUGAAAGUGAAAAAGGGGUUCCAACGGUGAAAUGAAGUGAAAGAGCACCCUGGUACAACGAGUCCUUGGUUGUGAAUGGUGUGAGUCCCUUUAUCCAUGAACUGACUGUCUUACUUCUACUUCUUCUCAUGAUCCUGGCUUGAGUCUAGUACUCGCAUUGAGAGAGAUAGGAAACGUCUUAGAAGACCAGUUGACCUCGUAAGCUACUAUAUGAUCUAGGAAAUCCUCUACCAACGAUCGGGGUUGUAUGUUGCUAUAGAGGUCUGGAGAGCUACAUUGGUUUGAGUUAGGUUUGCAUGGGGAGAAGCAAACGGUUAAGUGUGGGGGGAUUUGAUGACUCGAUAUUUGCACAUGUUUUCCCCUUUGUUUAUUAAUCGUUGAGCUUUAAUUAUCGCGUCUUUGGCCUAUUUUACGCUAGGUUGUGUUCCUUUGUCACAUUUCAGGUCCUAGCACAUAAAGUGAAGCAUAGGCGCAAGUUUCAAGUCAAUCAGAGAUCAAUUGGCGAUUAGGGAGAAGAAACUCGGGCAUGACCUGAAGAAGAAUGGAUUUAUACCUCACUUUAUGGACAAAGAAUCAUGCAAGCUUGUCAUGAAAAGAAAGAGGACGAGACUACGAGCGUCUGGGAUCAAACGACGAUUGAUUCGGAGUCCGGACGAGGGAGAAACGAAGCAUUGAAUAUAGGGGAACAUGUUCGGCAGUAAAAACACGGGAGGGCCUAAAGAAAAACACGGCCGUGUCCAUAUUUAGGCACGACCGUGUUUUGGCCGACGAGGGCUGCUGGGGGGAAAACACGGGCGGGCAAAAGUAAGACACGGCCGUAUCCUCGAUCGUGUUUUGCCCAGAAUCGGGUUUUUUAGGCAGAUUGAAGCCAAAGGAAAGGGGGAGCUGGGUUUUGGAUCCCAAACACCCAAGGGACGAACCAAAGAGAGAGAGAGGGCGAUUUGAGAGCAUUCUUGGAGUGGAAUUGGAGGAUUUAUUCUCCUUAGAAGCUCGAGGAACAAGCCCGGACUUGAAGACUGAUCAUCUGAAGAUUCUUACUGCAGUCUCUCUCUUCUCUAUGGAGUAACUUCCCUUCACUUAGGUUUUGAGCAACCCUAGCUAUGUUUGUUUGAUUGGAUGAUUGUAUGAUUACUCUGACUUGAUAAUCUUGAGUUCAUAUUCAAUCAUGCAUGUUUUCAUGAUUCAAUUCUGCUUUAGUCGAGAUUAUUGAUUCUGCUUUGAUCCUAUGAGAGCGAAUACCUGAUUAGGUCAAUAGAGCACCAUAGAUUGAUAGUAGUGGAUCGAUUGCUUUAGUCGAGGGUUGAUUCACUUCUUUGUAUCGAUCGAGAACCUCAUUCGAUAGAGGGAAUCGAGUUCAGAACGCCUUGAUCAGUUGUUCUAGAGAAGGAUACAUCCCUCUAGGUAAUUGACUCAAGAGGGCCUUGUUCCUUUAGUCGAGACUCAAGGUCUAGUCAAGGAUUCUCCGUAUUGUGAAUGAAAGUGAAACAGGUUAGAGAUCAUCAAUCAUUAAUCUGGCUAGUGGCUAGGGGGAAUCAUACCUAAGUGAGUUCCCAACCUGUAAUUAGAUUAACUUUAACUGUAGUUUGUUAGAGUAGUUUUAGUUCUUCCAUCUUAAUCUGGUUUGCUAGAUAAUGAACUGAAGAUGAGUAAUAGUAACUCACGAGACCCGUGGAUUCGAUAUUUAUUACUUGAGCCACUAUACUGCAGUCCCUUUCCUAGGUGGACAUGAAAAGGCUGUUAAAGGUUUGGUCCAACCGUAGGUGGACAUGAAAACGCCGCCACCCUCGUCUCAUUUAUUAAUGGUUUUAGCCCGGUUUGGCCCGGAAAUAUGGAAAGAGUCAUUAUAUUGUACUUUUCCUUAUAAAUUAUAUCAAAUCUU